AUGUCAAGCACUCCAGCGGCGGCGGUGGGGGCGCCCGAUCCAGUACUUGUCGAGGCCGUUGACGUCCUCUUCAACUAUCGGGCAGACCCCUCAGCACGACUUAAGGCUGAGCAGUUGUGCAAUGAGGUCAAGCAGAGAGCGGACGCCUCUGAGAUAAUCUCUCGGUGUGCAUUUGCCCCUAGUGGAGUGUCAAUGGAGGUCCAGUUCUGGAGUCUGCAAGCCCUAUCUCAGCUAGCACCAGGGCUAAACCCAGCCCAGCGACUAGGAGUUCGCCAAGCAUUGUGCCAUUACGUGACCACAGUACUGGUACCAGGCACAGAGGUGCCCGUGGCUAUUGUCAACCGCAUAGCUGUUCUUUAUAUGCAGCUAAUGUGUAACGACUAUCAGUCUGGAGUGUGGUCGACAGCCAUCAAAGAUCUCCUCCAGCUCUCCUCUGCCAGCGACCGAGGUUUGGACUUUAUGCUUCGAGUGUUGAUAUCACUAGAUCAAGAGCUCAUUGGAGACGAUGUUAGGAACAUGCAUGGCAGCGGCGAGAGCUCCCUGCCGAUGCGUGUUAAGGACACUAUGCGGGAAAGUGGGGAUAUCAAUCGUAUUGUGGAGGUUCUGUUCAACUCCCUAAGUGGUGGCAAGUCGACGGAGCUCUCACUCAAUGUUCUGUCCAGAUACGUGGCCUGGGCAGAAAUCACUCUCUUCGCCAACACUCAUUUUAUAGAGUUGGUCACCAAGAUUGUGGAGUCCAGUACUUGCACAUUGGAACAAUGUCAACAUGUAUGCACUUUCAUAGCUGCUAUGUGCCAUAAGAAGAUGCUGCCGGGUAAAAGGCUAAGUAUGGUAUUGGAGUUGGACCUGCUAGGGCACAUGGAUCGGAUGACCAAGGCGUGUUUGGCGGAUUCACGGAAGCUCGCCAAGGUUUCGGAAAUGUACGACAAGGUCUCUGAAAGUGUAAUGGAGUCCCAGAUGCUCAUCCGGAAUAGUCUGGAAGCUACCGACACCAGUGUGAUGGCAGCAUGGCGAUGCGUUCAAAACCUGGUGGUGGCACUUUUGGAACAGUUCUUUUCCCACAGUUCAUUCGAGAUAGCAGCGUCGGUGGACAACUCCUUACAGAUCUUUCUUGGCAAUGUUCGGAAGAUGAUCAGUAGUAGUGGCGAGGCAGAGGGCAAGGCCUUGGAGGAAGAAGUUAAACCUGUUGUAACGGAGGUUAUGCGCCUGUCACUGCUAGAUGGGUCGCUGAAUAUCAUCAACAGCAACAACGUAGAUGAUGAUCCUGUUCAGAUUCAUCUAUGUUAUCCGCAGUGGUUUAAUCAUGAAAGUGAUGAUGUUGAUGACGGUACCGAGCAGGAGGUGGCCUUCGCCGAGUUCCGGUCUGACGUUUGCAAGCUCAUUAGGAAGGCCCUUGCAGUUGAUAAGGACACCGCCCUGGAUUUCGUGAGGACUACAGUGGCUUCCAUCACACAGGGUAACCAGGCGGCUGCAUUGGCUGAUAGCCAGCUGGAGGCUUGUUUGACCAUGUUACACGUAUGUGGGGAGCAAAAGGCUUAUGAAAAUGAACUGGGCUCGACAGCUGCCCAGAUCCUCCACUGCCCUGCAAUUAUGCAGCAUCGCAGUUGGCUGGUCCAACUGCAGACACUGGAGCUGGUGUGCAAGUACUCGGGUGCGGCAUCAAGGUGUGUUGAUAGUGUGUGCUUGCCGGCACUACUCGCUGGGGUGAGGUCCAAGAAUCCUAGGGUCGCUAGGCGAGCAUCGUUCCUGCUUGUGAAAUUUUGCAAGCAGCAUAAGGCGGUGAUAGCGCCACAAGUGGGCCCGUUUGUAAACGAACUGUCGUCAUGUCUGGCCAUUACCCCUGGCCAGGCUGAGAGGGAGUAUCAGAACAAUCUUUACGAGGCUGUGGGCACUUUGCUCUCCCAUGAUGUUGAUGAUCAAGUCAUGACCCUACUUGCAGUGCUAGCACAGUUCUCUACUGUUCUGGACAGGGGUGGCCCGGAUCUGGUGGCGGUACCUCCGGGAGGCACUACAGCUGAUUGCCUCUACAAUAGACUCAUGUUGGCAUUGGCCUCACUGGCUAAGGCGAUAGAGAAAUGCUCGGUGGGUCUGGAAGCAUGGGACAUGUUCUUGGGCAAACUACGGGUCCACUUUGCUCAUGUAGCAAUUGACCGGGUGAUACGACAGAGCAUGAUAUUGUUGUGUCGGCAACUACUCCAAACAUUACCAUCAGAGCGGCUAGCCCCUGUGCUCAACGACGUGUUGCCAGUUGUGAAGGCGAACUCGACCAGCCAGAGUUCCGAUAUGGCGGAGUUCCUGGGCUUCGUCUCGCACCUUAUUACGCAGGCGGACGCUGAGCUGGGGCGGGGUUUGGUCAGCUCGCAGUUGCCAAGUCUUAUUACCGAUUUGGCUCCAGCAUGGCAGGCGAUGCCGGUGGACUCUCCCGAGACUAGAAGGGAAAAGCUGGAGCUGGGUGUCGCUAUACUCACAUUGAUGCGGGACUCGGCGACUAAACAGAUGGAGGCCUUCGUGGAGGUUCUUCGGGCCACGCCGGCGGUGCUGGGCCUUAUCCGUCUGUGUAUUGGCACACCAUCGGAAGUCCAACUGUAUACGGCUAGUGUACAGAUAGUAUCACGUCUGGUAGAGGCGACGAGUCGAGCGACGGACCCGGAGUUCAUCAGAGUAAUGCUGGCGGACUUGCUCAACUUGCAGGAGCUACUGCCUAUAUGCGUCGGUGCUCUGCGACAAUUGAACGUGAAUGAUUAUGAAUCGGUCAAGGCUGUGUUUCUGGUCAGCCAAAUGCUGCGUAAUGUGGGGCUCACCCAGAAGGCACUGCCGCCGGAUUCCCAAGCUCGAGUGCAGAGUGUGCUCCAGAGCACUCUGGGCAGCAGUCUGGCGGAGAGUCCCGAGUUGGCACGCUUCUACGAGGGAGUUGUGAAUGGCACUUUACCGCCUACGCAGCUCAGAGAGACACUCUUGCAAUGUGUCAAGAUUACCAUUGCUAAACUAGGUGGACAGGCGUGA